AUGGAGACAUCUAUAUUCAAGGCUGUCACUACUGCCUUCGACAAUCAACUAAGGGACGGCAGUUUUCCUCUAAAAAGAGUUGCUCCCAUUGCACCAUUUGAGGUGUGUUACGAAGCUGGCUCGAUCCCCUCCACGAGGAUCGGGCCAGUGGUGCCAGACAUCGAUCUGGUGCUACAAAACGAGGACGUGUUAUGGACGAUAGCCGCUCCAAACUUGAUGGUUCGGACGAAUAUGAAUAAGGCGGAUUGUCUUGGUAUUGUGGAUGGUGGAAAGAAGCCAAAGUCAUCAAUUAUUAUACGAGGGUUUCAAAUUGAGGAUAAUUUACUGCAAUUUGAUCUAGUUAAGUCUAGGCUUGGGUUUAGUUCUGCCUUGAUUUACGAUCGAAUAGGGUGCUCUUACUUUAACGUUCCUUAA